AUGCCGACGAAGGGCGCCGUCGGGAGUACGUUGGAGGGCGGUUUUGGUCCCGUGGGCGGUGGUGAUGCUGGUGGUGUUGAGGUUGGUGCGGGACACGGCCGUUCUUGCUCGGAGGCACAGAUGUCUCGCAGGAACCGUUGUGGCCAGCUGUGUCUGUGGGUCAGCGCCUGGAACGAGUUUGACCCGUUCCGGAUCAGACCCCGGGCCUCAUUUGCAUCCUGGGUCGAGAGCAAGCAAGAGGACGUUCACACCGCAAGUCGGCUCGGUCAACCCCAGCGAUUUCCGGGCGUGUACUGUGGCCUCGAUUUCUUGCCGUUUGUGCUGCUGGUUCAUUUCUUGCCAUUAUGGCUCUGCACGUUCAGCCUGUCGGUGUCCUUGGGCGCUGUGCUGCUGCUCCCCAUCAGCAUCCUGAGCAACGAAGUCCUCACGCUCUACAGGGACUCACUCUACGUCCAGUGGCUCAACCUGUCUCUUAUUCAGGGACUGUGGAACAUCAUCUUUUUGUUCUCCAACUUGUCCCUGUUUGUGGGGUUGCCCUUCGCCUACCUCUUCACCGAGUCAGAGGGCUUCCCAGGCUCAAAAAAGGGUUUGAGAGCGCGCAUUGUGGAGACAGUAGUGGUGUUGACUCUCCUGGUGGUGCUGGUGUUUGGCGUGGCAUUAAUUCUCUCGUUCCUGCUGGGUUACUAUGAGCAGGAGAACCUCUCGCAGGUGAUCGGAGUGAUAGUCGGAGCUAUGACAAGCUGGCAGAGGUUACUUAUGUUUUUCUAUCUCAUUCUUCAAGUGAAGCUAGAUGUUUGGGGCAGUUUUUACCUGCCCUUCUUGUACUCUUUGAUAUCGUGUCUUGGUGUCCUCAUGCUUCUCCUGUGCACGCCCGUGGGUCUGGCGCACCUGUUCACGGCCAUGGGCAGGCUAGUGGUGAAGCCUGGGUUUCUGCGCGACCUGGCGGAGGAGUACCAGGCGGCCGUGCUGCAGGAGGACGCCCUCGCCCGCCAACUGGACCGGCCGGCGCACCCGCACGCCCGCGCCAUCACCAGGACCAUCGCCAACAUGCCCACGGUCGAGGCGCUACUCCAGCAGUACCACGCGGUCAAGAGAACCCGGAUUAAGCUCGAGGAGAGGCGCCGUGCAGGCGUAUUCCAGCGUACCCUGGCCUACCCCCUGGCCCUGCUGCUCCUGCUUGCGUUGACAGGCACUGCGGUGGUGAUUGUGGGGCUCAACACACUCCAGCUGCUUGUGGGCAUCAAGGCCCUGCCCCUGGCAUCGGCCCCUGCAAUCCUCGGAGAGGCACAGCAGGGCAAGCGGUCAGUGCUACUGUCUGUGCUGGGGCCAGUGGGAGCAGUGCUGGAGGUUGUGCUCAUAUUGUACCUGAUUGUGGCAUCUCUCCUGGGGUGCUACUCCCUGCCCCUCAUAGCCAAGAUCCGUCCGAGGCCCCAAGACACUCCGAUGGUGCACAUCAUCGCCAACUGUGUGGUGGUUCUGAUCCUCUCAAGUGCCCUGCCUCUUUUGGCCAGGACUCUAGGGAUAACAAAUUUUGAUCUGCUGGGAGACUUUGGAAAGAUCAGUUGGCUUGGAAACUUCUGGAUAGUUCUUGGUUACAAUAUCCUAUUUGCUACAGCAACUGCAUGGUGUCUCGUCAAGAAGUUCACAGCAACAAUUAGACAUGAAAUAUAUAUGAGAUUCAAACUCUUAGCAAUGUCACUUGUGAAACGGGACACCUUCAAGUUGCCGGCACAAGUUAUGAAUGGCAGUAUGAUGAAUCCAGGGAACAUUAAAGAGGAAUGAGGAACCCUUUCCUUGGAGGGAUGUACUCAUUGGAAAUGUGAAGAACUCGGGAAAGGCAUAGAAAUACCUCUGGAAAUAAUGGAUUGAACCUUGAAAUGCCAGAGGGAUAUUACUGCUUAACAAAAAGGCUGAAGUUCUCUCUUCUAAAUAUCUAUCCCUGAGCUGACGCGGCCAGAAUUUCAGUGCUGAAGGUACAUACAUCCUGUUAAUGACUGAACACUGAUGGGUCUCCAAUAUUUAUCCACACUUGUUUGCUGCAAGAGAAAAUGCAGUUUGUGAAUGAUAUUUGUUUUGGAAAAAAAAGGCUAGGAAUUAGUUGGCAGAGGAGAUUUUGAGACUCCAUAGAAAGGCACUAUACCAAAAUGUCUUGUUCCUAAACUGUACAGAGAGGACAUACUUCAUUUUCACUUCCAAGGUGCUGUACAAGACAGCAUUUCAUUAUUAUUAUUAUAAUGUCUUAAGGAUGUGAAAUUAUUUCAAGAAGAAAACGAAAAGAUGAGUGAGGCACUAAAGACAAUAAUUGCAUUUUAUGAAGUGUUGAAAACCCUUUAGUUACAAGUCUACCUAAGACAGUAGAGAAGAAGGAAAUGAGUUACAUAGAAAUGCCAAAAUAUGUUUAUAUAUACAGAAGGUAACUAAUAUAUGCAGCUUGUUUUAGUUCAGAUCCAGUGAGGUAGAAACAAAAAAAACAAAUAUUGUUUCUGGUGUAGAGGUAUCCUGGUUACAUGGUUGUACAGAUAUUCCAGGUCAUGAGUUUACCUGAGUCUGUCUUGUUGGCCCUUCAGGAUUCUCCAGAUGUUAUUCUGAAGCUGUCGACUUGUACUUCCAUCCUACACAUCAGAAAUCAAUUGAGCACAGUCGUUAGUUGAAUAGGGAUACACAAAAAUGUAGUAAAAACAGUCAUGUGAGGUAUGGAUAGAACUUCUGUAGUUUGUCAUCAAAUAAUGUGGAAUUGAUGUUUAAGACAUGACUGCUGCUGUUCAUGAAAAAGUCAUCAUGAAAUGAUUCACCUUCUCCAGCAGAAAUUACAAAUAACUAUGGAAGUUUGCUUUGCUCGUCUGUAUACCAUUGGUUAGUUAUUUGGUAAGAUUGAUAACUAACAUUGUAGUUAAGCAGACAUGAUGACCAAGUAAAUGGAAGUUCCUGGUAUUGGAAAAACACCUUAGUAUUAACAUGUUACAAAGUAGUGUCAUGGAAAAAGAAAGAUUAAGGUGUACAAGAAAUUUACCAGAAAACAGAGUGUAACUGCCCAAGAUUCAAUAGUGACAUGGCAUUCCAUAUUUUAUAAAACAUAAGUUUAUCUUGGCCCAGAUUUUUCUCCAAGAUGAUUAUUCCGUGCAUGUACUUAGAUAAGGAUUUAUUUUCAUUUUCUAUGUAUUAUAUUUUUCUCAUUAUUUUUUCUUCAACCCUUCCAUUUUUAUAACUGUAAUAUAUUGGGUGAAAGUUACAUGUCUGCAAGUGAUACUGCAGUAGUUUCUUCCAGGGUGUUCAGUGGUAGUGACUUGUAAGGGAGUGAGUUGUGUGUCUAGCCUAGAGUAUAAAGGUUGCUCUGAGACAGAUGUACUAAGUAAGAUCAUGCCAUCAGCUAGAAUACCUGUUAAAAAGUUCUUUUUACAUAUCAUGUACUUUGCAAGGAAAGCCAUAGACAGAUGACAGUGUUACCAUUACUUGACAAAAUAGUCAGGGACUAAUGAUGUUUGGUACUAGGUUUCUCUCUCCACCGAAAAUGCUGGCUUAAUUGAUAUGAAACUGUGCUGAAAUGUAUGGUUGCAUAUUUACAUAGCCAGUCUUAUUAUGCUUGAAUUAUUUUGCUAAAGCUUUACUUUUUACAUGUCUUCAGGAAGAUACAGUGGUACAAUGUUGUAGUAUUUAUUGUAGAUUUUUUUUUUUUUUUUUUUUUUUUUUUUCUUGUGUUCAGUGGUCAGCUUAGCGCAUGGCCGUAUGAUCUGUUUCUUUAUAGGUUUCAUCAAUAACCAAAGACUUUUACAAAUGCAAUUCAGAGUAGCUAUAGGUCUUUUCCCUUUUUUUGUAUCACUUUACUAUUAAUUUUUGUGUGCACCUGCAUAUUGUUUCUUGUCUUUUUUCUGCUUUCCUAUUUUCUUUUUUCCUCUCUCUCUCCUUUGCUCAAACUAUUAUACAGAGAAGUUUUGUGUUUCAGGAGUUUGUUUAGUCAUUGAUGACAUCUUUUGUUUUUCUCUAUGUGUUUGAAAGAUGUUGAUUAAUUGGGAUGCAAGGAAGGUUUUUGUACCAGAUACAAGGGAAUAAGAGAAAGGGUAAGAUUUCUAAAAGUUCUUAAUUUAUUACCAAUAGAAUAAUAUCUGAAAUGUGUUUGUAUGGUGAAUGUAUUCAGUGUGUUGAGCUGUGUGUUGUUUCAGUGUUUCUUGCAUGAUGUGGAUGUAUGUAAGGUUUUGUAUCUGCAUAGCGAUUUAGUGUAUGAUGGACCUUUGGUGCAAAGAGAACAUAUCUCCAAUGUGUCUUUUCUUCCUGUAAGACUAGGAAUAGUUGCAGAUGUUUUGUUGCAAAGAUAGCAACAUUGAGAAUAUAUAGAUAAUUUCUUUGUACUUUUUUUUAAAGGAGGAGGCUACAAUUUGAACAAAAAGUUUACAGGAAGAUCCACAUUGUGGAGAAUAUUUCUAAGGGUGAUCAAGAAUCCAAAUAACUGCUCUAGUAAAUGUCAGAGUUAUGACUUGGACUUGUUGCAGUAGUAUUAAGUGAUACAUAUUGUGGCAGAGUGAAAGCAAAGGCAGAGUUCUACAGUUACCAAGAAUAUAGAAGUCUUGGAAUUCAUUCAGGAUGACUAAAUUGAUUUCUGUAUUCAAAAUUUUCGUUUAGUCUCUUGAAUGCCUGAAUUGCAUCUGCUCUGCCACAAUGAAACAUGAGUUGCGAAAUAAGUUGGUGUUUAAGCAUUGCAUACAAUGACAAUACUAUAGAGGUAUUUUCAUAUUUUCAUUUUCAUUGCUGAUGUCUGUGAGAUUGAGUGAAGUUGUAGUUCAAUGAACCUUUACCAGAAUCCUUUCAUGCAUUAGGAUCAUCUUUGACACUGGUACAUUCAUGUGUUUGUUUUGUCCAUUUUUCUGUUAGCUGGAAAAGGGCCUCAGUUGAAAGAUUUCUUCCAGUGUAUUCAUGUAUAGACCUAUUUUUUCCAACCUGUUUUUUAGCAUUUUUUUUUCUGUCCUUAAGGGCUUUUAUUUCUAGUUUAUCAGAGUUCUGAUUAUUACUUGUCAUUAAUCAAAUAUCUUCUGAUUUCUUUUAAAUCUUUUUGAUUCAUUAUCAUUAAUCUCACCUUGCAUUUUUUCUUGUCCAGUUCGAAGGAAAAGUUUCAGCUGCAGAGAGUAUAUUUCAUAAUGACUCCUAUCCACACACUCAACCGGCUCUUGACAGCCACUGCAGGUGGAUUGGUCCUAAAUAAGAUGCUCUAUAUAGACUGAUAUGUAGGUACUGCUUAUAAUCAAAAUGUCCAGUAAUUGAACCAGAAGGGAUCUCUCUUCUUGUCUUCUUUUUCAGUGAUGUUUCUCAGUUUAUUAAGGCUAGAUUUAGGUCUUUUAAUAGAUGGUCAGUCACAGACACUGCAACACUACAGCAACACUUGAUUGUGACCUUGGUCUCAUUAAAUUUCUUUUGCAUUCUGCAUAUAUUUUUUUGAGUGGGAGAGUGUUACCAAUAAAUUGCUUGUGAGGGAAUAAGUUCGGGAAGGAGUUAACUUGUGCAUAUCCAUUCAGUCCUCCCAACAUUUCAAUGGAUAUUCUUUGGUAAUAAUGUCUAUUAAAUAAUUCAAUUAAUUUUAGUUACCAUUUCAUGUGGUCUUUCCGGUGUUCCAGAUAAACUCUAGUGCUACUGGCCUUUGAACUCAUUGCUUUCCCAGGAUGCUCAAAUGUAUGAUUUUUAUGCCUGGGGGUAGACUUUUACAUAGUUUUGCCAUAACCAGAAGUCAGUAUCCUGCCGUCGUAUUGCAGUUUGUAAAGAAUGAAAAUCAGGCGACUCUCUUUUCACAAGUAUUUAUGUAUAUAUGUAUUUUGUAUCAGUAGGAAGGGGGGCGGGGGGAGGAGGAAGCCUGCUUUUGUUUAGCUUGGGCUUAAGAAAUGAGUCAUCUUUUUUUUUUCUUUGUCUUUUCCCAUCUCUCAUCUUCUUCUUCUUUUUCUUCUUGCCUGUAUUCAGUACCAUUGUUAUGACCAUCACAGCUGAAAAUUUAAUAAGGAAGAGUCACAUGACUGGAAACUGUAAACUCAGGUUGUGGAGCAUUUUUAAGUGAAGAAAGAUCCUGCUUGCUGGUCAUUGACAUUUUCACAUCCAGUUUGAUAUAGAUGUUUAUAUACAAAUGAAUGUCACUUGCUCACUUAGAUACCUAGUCUUGUCUAUUUACUGAGUUUGGACCUUUUUUUUUUUUUUCUUUUCUUUUCUUUUUAGCAUUUUAUUUUUUACCCCAGGUGCCAGGUUCAUUAAUCUAUACAAGUGUAUAUUAUCUUUUUAAGUGGUAUGAUGUGUGGCCGCAGGUUGCUGGCCAGUGUAUAUAGCAAUCUGUACAGUGAGACAAUAAGAAUAAAGAUGUCAGUGAU